AUGUCAAGUAAUGGUGAUUUGAUCCGAGUACCCCCUCACAAACUUAAUGCUAUUGGAUCGCCUUGGCAAUUCGUGGCCUGGGGCAUGGAUGUCAUUGGCCCAACUGAGCCACCCGCCUUUAAUGGACAUAGAUUCAUUUUGGUUGCCAUUGAUUACUUCACUAAGUGGGUGGAAGCAACUUCUUAUAAAUCUGUGACGACGAAGGUAGUAGUUGAUUUUGUUCGUAACAACUUGAUAUGUCGAUUUGCAAUACCUAAUUCCAUUAUUAUAGACAACGGUGCAAACCUCAACAGUCAUUUGAUGAAGGAUAUAUGUGAGCAAUUCAAGAUUACUCACCAAAAUUCAACAGCUUAUUGUCCUCAAAUGAAUAGAACCGUAGAAGCUGCCAAUAAGAACAUCAAAAAGAUCUUGAGAAAGAUUAUUGAUAAUCACAUAGGUUGGCAUGAGGUGUUACCAUAUGCUUUGUUGGAAUACCGAACAACCGUUAGAACAUCAAUUGGAGCAACUACAAACUUUCUACUAUAUGGAACAGAAGCAGUAAUACCUGCUGAAGUUGAAAUACCUUCAUUGAGGAUCAUCCAAGAAGUAGAACUGAGCAAUGCUGAUUAG